AUGCCUUGGAAAACGCUAUGCGGGUUCCCUCCCACUCGAGAUAAGGUUACCCUGCGAAUUCCUAACGGCGCUUGGCGUCCGGAUACCGUGAUUACUGACAAGGACGGAAACGAAAUAUAUGUUUUGCUAGAUCAAACAAACGAAAUGCGAUCCUACGAAGCCAUUUUUGGAGACCUGGAAGGCCGUCGCCUUUGCUGCAUCAAACGCCAUAUACGGAAGGCUUUCUGGAAGGAUGGAUUCUACUUUUGUACCUAUAAACCAAAUUAUGUUGGGCAGAUUCCUCUAAAAGACCGCGACGUGGAUAACAAGAAGGUCUUCCCAUUUUCCUACUUGGAGAUCAUUCCAAUGAAGGGACGAUUCUUCUACCGCCUUUUUGAUAACAAGGAUAAUCUUGAUCCCCCACGUAUGGUUGCUGAAAAUCCCUGGCUAGGAUUUAUGAAUGUUUGUUGUACACCGAUGAUUCGAUGUGGAAAAUGGACGGCUAACUUUGACAAAACACACGGUAGGAGACAACGUCACCAGCCGACGUUAUUUGUGGACCAGUGGCAGAAUACGGCCACCGUCGGUCCGAACCAAGACUUGCUGGCAGGGUUGUGUGUGGCUUACGUUUUCGAUCGAGUUCAGUGUCAGCCAAUGAUUACAGGAUUCGGUCUGGAAGAUGAGGACGACGCUGCCGACGAAACAAAAGGACAGCAAGCAAACAUUCGCGAUGAUGCUUCGAUCGAGUCGUCACCCGACAUGGAAACGCACCAAGGGAGUACGCAAAUGGAAAAUCUACCACCAGAGUAUAGCAUGAGUCAGAAGCAGGUGCGCGACAGUCUAAAGCAAGGUAAUCACAGCACACCGGAGCCAACAGAUCUGUUUGACGAACCAAUCAGUAUUGAACCUACAAAAAAUGCCAAAACUGGAAAGAGGCGAGGGAUGCAUCAAGCUGACGAACAAGAUUUCUUCGUCGAAUCUUCAAGAACGAAUGAAAUCGUCUAA